UCUCUCCGACGUUUCAUCCCCCCCCCCUGGAAAGGUUCAGGACCCGAUCCAGACUCCAACUGUCGUCCAAACAGCCGCCGAGUCUGGGUCAGGGAAAGGGUUUGCGGUGGAGAAGGCCGUUAGAGUUUGUUGCCCCUGCGCCUUCGGAAUCGCAGCGUUUCGUGGCGGACAGGCACCGAAGCCAAUUCGCAUCUGGGAUAUAAAUAUGCGGUCCUUCGUCGAGGAUUGAGAGCUGCAUCAACAACAUUCUCUUGAUCAGUCUAUCUCUAUAGUUCUGUCUUUCUUUUGAUUCAUUCGAAUCGUCCUUCUUUUGUCUUUGACUUCAUUCUCUAGUCUUGACUUAUUCUAUCUACUCUCUCUACUUGUCUUCAAGACAUCUCAAUCCUUUACUUCUUUCUACAAAAGAAAAGAAACAACACCAAUCAAUCAAAAUGAUGUUCAAGUCUCUCCCUCUCAUGGCCACCCUCGCCACGGCCCUCCCCUACUUCACCAACACCACCAUCCCCACCAACACCACCACCUCCGGCACCGUCGUUCGUCGCGACGGCUCCGGCGGCGUCAACAUCGUCAACAACCUGGACUCCACCGUCUACGCGUGGUCUGUGUCUGAUAGAGUCAGUCACAUGCACACCCUCUCUGCGGGCGGCGGGAGCUACCAGGAAUCGUGGCAGAGCAACGACAACGGCGGCGGCAUCUCCAUCAAGCUGUCGCUGUCCGAGGACCAGUCCGACGUGCUGCAGUUCGAGUACACCCAGUCCGGCGACACCAUCUUCUGGGACAUGUCCUGCAUCGACAUGGGCAGCGGCUCCUCCUUCACCAAGUACGGCUUCGCCGUCCAGCCCUCCCAGUCCGGCGACAACUGCCCCAGCGUCAACUGCGGUGCGGGCGAUGAGUCCUGCGCCGAGGCCUACCUCCAGCCCAAGGAUGACCAUGCCACGCAUGGCUGCCCCAUUGAUACCUCGUUCCAGUUGAGUCUGGGGAACUAAACCCCUCUUCCUCUUCAUUCCUCGGGUUGAUAGGGGUGGGUGAAAAGAUGCGCUCUAGAUGAGCGGCUCCUUACGAUGGUGGAUGCUAGGACGAUUAUGACUCCUGGUUGAGUUCACUUAUGAAUUUAUGCUACGACAAGACUUGGAUGGGAUGGAAUGGGAAAAUGGUCGGAAAAUCGGUUACCUGGUGAUUUGAGAUCACUGUGGAGUUAGUUGGGUGGGCCUUUGUUUGCAAAAGACUUUUGAGAUAGACUUGUCCUUCCUUUUUCUUAUCUUCUGCGAUAUACUUCUUGACGACUUUCCUUCACGAUACCUUCAAUUGAUC